GUCACUUCCCUAUAUAGCUCCACGUUGCACUAUCGUCGCUGUUAUCGCAUGGAUUCUGGAAAUGCAACUUUGAAUACGCAUUAAUUAAACAUUUGUAGAGUUUGGCCAAUAUGCAGAUGAUAAGGACUGAUGAGAUAACUGGACUGUGGACAUAUCUAGGAUCGAUUGACUGGUCAGAGCCAUGGUUUUUGGGUUUGGGCGCUUUCCAUCUGAUUUGUAUUGCAGCAACUGUGUUGACAAGAAAUCAUGCAUCUAUUCAAGGAAUUAUCUUUGCAUUCUAUUUGGUUAUUGUUGGCUGUUCUGAAUACAUCAAUGAGUUUGCAGCCAACCACUGGAAAGUGUUUGCAAGACAGCAGUACUUUGACAGCAAUGGCCUCUUCAUUUCUGUGGUCAUGUCUGUGCCACUUUUGAUCAACUGUAUUGUUAUAGUGGUUAUUUGGCUCAAAACAUCAGCAAGCCUGAUGGCAGCAAUUCGUACAAAGCAGCUGCAGCAGAAGCAGGCUCAGAAAGACACAAAGGAAAGUGCUGGCACCACUGUUGGGCAAUCAUCUCCAGAAAAUAAACCAGCAGAUGGGGUCACAAGCAAAGAGUCUUUAAAGAAGAAAAAAGAGAAAUAGUUUAUGUGUGAAGGGAGUGACUGACUUAUGGGAAUUAAUGGGGUAAAAGCCUGUUUUCCUUUUUUUCAUUAUCGUUUUUGAAUAUUACAGAGUGGCGAGAACAAAAUCAGUUCUAGGCUAUGGUUCGGUGAGGCAUGCUACUUUGCCAUUCCUGUUCAAUUCUUCACUUGUCAUACUGUUUUUAAUGUGCAGCACUGCAAGCAACAUUGAAAAAAGCAUGCAUUGACAAAUGAACUCUUGCCAGAUAUAUUCUAGUCUUAUAUGUCUAUUUCUGAAUUUUACCAAACACUAAUCACUUACCAUUUCGAAACAGAUCAAAGUUUUUGGGGCCCAGCAACAUUCAGCAUCUCUUGAAAACAACAAUAAAGGUGCCAGCCAUUCUUGUGACAAUUUUGCAUAAGCAUCCACUUUCUUGAAAAUAUCUCCUCGAUAAAUAAAAAGGAUCAAAUGAUUACAAAGCAAAUGAUGUGUACGUUUGAUAGAAGGUUCUUCUGAUGUGAAGUAUGUAAUUAUUAUAUUGAUAUUGAACACAAUAAUUUCUUUUCAAAUUCUUUAUUUUCUUGUGCUUUGGAUAAAUUUAUUUAUGUUUUAUAUCUUUUCCUUUGUAGUGGUUUGCUUAUCAUCAUCUCUUGCUUUAAAUGUUUGAAACUGUUGUCUUCUCAGGAAUAUUUUUUUUCCUGUUCUGUGGCUUUUUCAUUAUCUCUUGAAUGAAAUCAGCAUAGCAGUUUGUGCUACUUUUGUCAGUUUAUUGCUUAUAUAAAAUAUAUGAAAAUUCAUGCUUUGAAAAUACUAUUUCAUCAUGUAACUUUUCUUUCCUGAUUAUUAUUUGCAUAUUUUUAUAGAUUAUUGCUUUGUGACUUGCCUCAUCCUGAAUUUUGCUCACUUAUGUGGUCAUUACUGUAAUUGUUGGUUUUCAUUCAGACUGUAUUUCAUUUCAUUCAGUGUAUUUUAUACACUUUAUGCACACUUGCAUAGUGAGUGUGAUACUGUCCUAUAUGGUCAUCAUUAUCCAUGUCUUCACAUUUUUUUGUUGUUAUCAUCUGCAGCAUUGACUAUCAUGUUUUUGGUGACACCAUUUUUAACCAUAUACUAAGUAUAGCACUGCCAUUAUUUGUUGUUACUUUGGGCAGUUGUAUGUUAGCAGUGUUGCUGCAUGUUGCUGGUAAUGCUACCAGCAGGAAGUAUGGUCUUCUAGACUGCUGUCACAUGCUUUCCAUGGCACUGUUUUAGUGUAUUAAGUUAUUGCCAGUAACAUUAAAAUUUACAGUCAUCUUGUCUAUAAACAAAAAGCAUGUUGAAAAUCGGGGAGGGGGGGGGAAUUCCUGUGGCCAAACUUUUAGAUUAGGGCAGGAAAGAAUUGUUCGACCAGAAGGAAGGUGAACACCCAUAGUGCCAGGUACCCAGUUGCCAUUCUUCGUUAAUUACUUUUAUCUGGCUCGACAAAUACUCUCAUCUUAACCCUUACUUCUGGACAGUGAAAGUUCAACCUUUAAGGGAGCCUUUUUUUAAUGAUACUGCAUGCUUGCAUUUGACCAUGACACUGCAUCUUCUCUGACUGGUACAUACAGGUCGGGAUGACAUGAUUACCAGAAAGGGAUUGGUAUCUAUGAUCCCAGUGCUUGCGCGAGAGUCCAGCAACAUCUGUUUUGGUUGAACCUAGUUUUGAUCAAAGUCAACUAUCAAUAAAUUUUCUUUCAACUUAA